AUGGGCAAAGCUAUUCACUUUGGUGGCGGAAACAUUGGCCGUGGCUUCGUUGGAGAAUUCCUCCACGAGGCUGGCUAUGAAGUCGUCUUUGUCGAUGUUGUCGACGAUCUCAUUGCCUCCAUCCAAAAGACUCCCUCGUACGACAUCACCGAAAUCAGCGAGGAGGGCGAGAAGACCAAGACAAUUACCAACUACCGCGCGCUCAACUCCAAGACACAGGAAGCCGACGUUGUCCAGGAGAUCGCAACUGCCGACAUUGUGACAUGCGCCGUUGGCCCCAGGAUUCUCCAGUUCAUCGCCCCUGUCAUUGCCAAGGGUAUCGAGUCUCGUUCUCUUGACAUCCCUCUGGCCGUCAUCGCUUGCGAGAACGCCAUCAAUGCCACUGAUGCCCUUCGCGGCCACAUCGAAAAGAAGGCCAACCCCGAGACCCUUUCUAGCCGCGCCGUAUUCGCCAACUGUGCCAUCGACCGCAUCGUCCCCAACCAGCCCCCCAACAACGGUCUGAACGUCCGCAUCGAAAAGUACUACGAGUGGGUUGUCGAACGGACACCCUUCAAGAAGCACGGUGUUGAGCACCCUAACGUCCCUGCCAUCCACUGGGUGGACACUCUCGGCCCCUACAUUGAGCGCAAGCUGUUCACCGUCAACACCGGACACGCCACUACCGCCUACUACGGCCACCUCAGCGGCAAGAAGACCAUCGCCGAUGCCCUCCAGGACUCGCAUAUUCGUGAGACCGUGCACAAGGUCCUCGAUGAAACCGCUUCUUUGAUCAUCAACAAGCACGGUAUCCCUGAGCAGGAACAGAAGGAGUAUGUCGACAAGAUCAUCGGCCGUAUCUCAAACCCGUAUCUGGAAGACAACAUUGAGCGUGUGGGCCGGGCUCCACUGCGAAAGCUCUCCCGCGACGAACGCUUCAUCGGGCCCGCCUCGCAGCUCGCUGAGCGCGGCCUAAAGUUCGAUGCCCUUCUCGGUGCCGUUGAACAGGCUCUUCGCUUCCAAAACGUCCCUGGCGAUGAGGAGAGCGCAGAGCUUGCCAAGAUUCUCAAAGAGCAGUCUGCCAAGGAAGCCACCAGCCACAUCACCGGCUUGGAGGAAAGCCACCCAUUGUACCCCCACGUACUUGAACGCGUCCAGACCGUUCAGAAUGACUCCAAGGAGCGAAAUCGGUCUCGGAUAUGA